UUUCUGAAUUAAGGAAGCGUUUUGAAAGCCUUACCACAAGUGCGAGUGACUUGGAGAUGAACAGAAAGGAGCGGAUCGCUCGGAGACUGGAGGGAAUUGACGGGGAAGUCCAUCCAUCCCUGCUGCCCAACUUGGUGACCAACCGGCUGCUGGAAGAAGACACGCCUCGCUACACCAGAGCAUCCGACCUCUGCGAGCCUCACACUGUGACUGUCCAGCGGUACGGCAUUGAAGGGUUUGACAACCCAGACGUGCCGGUGAAGCCUCCUGACCGUGAGCCCAGAGAUCGAAUUAGGUCUGAGCAUCAGUCCUCCAUCCACACAGAGCCGGCCCACACCGAUGCUGCCCCUGAGCAGGAAUCCAAAGCUGAACGCAUCGCCCGCUACAAGGCGGAGCGCCGCCGACAGCUCGCCGAACGCUACGGCAUCUCCUUGGAUCAGGACUCCGACUUGGAUUACGCCUCACGCCGCACCCGGAAGGAAAACGAAAGCUCGGAGAGGUGUAAAAGAGGAGACGAAGGCAGGGAUGUCAGCCUCAGCGUUUACAGCAGCAACAUGGUCGGCGGGUCAACACCUCAGAGCCGCUCCGUCUCUGCCUACGAUGCGCCUCGCAGCAGAGUAGACUCCUUCUCUGAGAGGGAGAGAAUGAUGAACCUGGAGAAUCAGCGCAGGGCCGUCCCGCCUCCGCCCACCUCCUACAUGGACGUAACCUCAUCGUUCUCCACCAAGGGUCACGCUAAAGACGCAGUGGCAUCAUUACCGCCCAGCUCGCCAAAGAUGAGCAGACACUCAUCGCUUUCCUCUCCCAAACACGCUGCGUCUCCUGGAGAUGCGUUCGUCGAGCAGCAGGCCCACGGCGUACUGAACAGACACGGUGCGACAGCGACUCUUAGCAAUGAUUGGUUCCUCCAGACUGACGCUGAGGGUGAUACCCACUCCCUCAUCAACUGGCCUUCCAGAAUAAAAGUUAGGGAGAGGCUUGCCAGGGAGGAGGGGCACCACACUAACCCAGAGCUGGAAAAUGUUUCUGAAGUGUCGGGGUACCACAGACGGCUUCACCACGGGCCCCAGAUCUCUGCUCCGACCCGCUGCCACAGAGAGCCAGCAGGCCCCCAGAAAUACCACGACCCACAAGCUCACUUCAGCAGGUCCAGUCACCAAGGAGGAGAGGAUGUGGGUGGUUACCCCAGUUACCUAUCCAUGGCCUCUGGUCCCGCAUCCAGAGCCGAGCAGCAGCAGGAAAAACCGGCGAGUUGGGAUGAGACGGAGGAACCUGAGGGGGUGAAAACGGAGGGUCUCCUGAGGAGCAGGAAAGCCGUUUUACCUUCAGAGAUCCGCCGCAGGGAGAGAAGCACAGAGGACCUGCAGAGAGGAAGAAGUGAGGAGGAACCUGAGCUGUGCACCGUCUACGGCCUCAUCCAGGCUGGAGACGCUGCUGCGGAGGAACGCGCAAGAUCUGGAGUCAUGGGCCGAGCCAGAGCAGAGAGACCGGACCACUGUACCCCCCUGCAGGCAGCAGAGCGCCGACCCCGAGGGCAACAACACAUUUACGUUCACAAAGGACCGACAGCCACCCACAUCCAUCCCACCGCUUUAUACCCGAUCCAAGGACCCCCCUCCAGCACCUCUGUAGACCACCCACCAUCAGACGUAGGCUUCAAUCAAAGAAGCCAACAUCAGCAGCUUCAGGACGAGUGCGAAGGCGCGGGGAACGCAGAGAAUCCUCCGGAACGCCGUGUGUCUGUGGCCAAGCUCAGGCAUUCCUACAUGGAGAGCACCAGCACACCUCCGAGCAGGCGCAGGAAGGAGCUUGACACCGAGGGUCAGAGCGAACAUGACGGCUACAAGGCUCCAUGGAGAGGCGCGAGGGAAAGGGGCCCCCACCCCCAGCACUGUCCCCGGGACGGUCGAAAGACUCAGCCAAUCCCUUCUGCUGAACGGCAGGAGAAUAUUAGGUCUUGUGUGAGCUCAGACUUUGCUUCUGCUGAAGCUGAUGAAGAAAAGCUGGAUGAACGAGCCAAGCUGAGCGUAGCAGCAAAGCGGUCGCUCUUCAGGGAGCUGGAGAAGAGCGUUGAUUCAGGCUUUCCCAAACCCCGGUCCAGGAACGCAGCGGUGGACAGAAGACUGAGACGGACACAAGACCGAUCGAGAACUCAGCCGGUGACCACAGAGGAAGUGGUCAUAGCCGCUACUGCCCCCUCCUAUGUGCCACACAUGACUGAUCAGUCUGCUGUUAGCCACUCCCUAGUUUGCAGCAAUGCCCUCCCCUCUUACAGCCUCCAGGCAUCCCUGCAGCAGAGCUCCGCCGCCCGCCAGCCGGCGCAGGGUUCUCUGGAGGCCCGGGGCUCUAAGCAGACACCGACGGAGGCCAAAGUGGAGAUGCAGAAUCAGGCCCACGAGGAGCCUGAUGUUUGCACCCUCAGCCUGGCAGAAAAGAUGGCGCUGUUCAAUCGACUGGCGCAGCCACCCAGCAGGGUCACCCGCAUCCGAGGCGACACCCGUCAGCGCAGAUCCAACGCUCGCUACCAGACCCAGCCCAUCACCCUGGGCGAUAUGGAGCAGGAGUUCUCAGAUACAGACAUCAGGGAUGAUGAUGAUGAUGAUGAUUAUGAGGAGGAGGAGGUGGAGCUGUGUGACAGCCCAUUGGAACAUCUCCAACUUCAGAACGGUUCCGGAACGCCGUACGGACACACUUCAUCCUCCUCUGUACUCAGAGCAGGAGCCGCCGUCUCCUCUGACCAUGCCGGAGACAUCCUCAUAGCGAGCGCAGCUGUCCGACCUGAGCCCACCCCCCGCCACCCUGACCCCUCGGAACACCAGACUAACCAAAAAUUGGACCAGGAGGAAGACCAGACGGACCUAAAAGCGGGGAAGCGGAGGUUGCCUUCCCCUGAAACUGCGGUCAGGCAGGCUGCUCUGCCUCAGCCCCGUUCUGGGAGGGAGAGACGGUGGGAGGAGGAAGAGAAGGAGGAGGAGGAGCAACGCUGGCUUUCCAGGGGUGGGGAUGAUACAGCUGUUCAGAGCCAGAAGUUCUGUGAGACGGAGGAGCAGAGGAGGAAUCACAGGGAGGAGGGACGACCGUCGGACAGGAUCAGAACCAUCAGUGGAGAGCUCCCUGAUUCCACUGUGGUAACAUCCAGAGACCCGUUGGGAUCAACCUUAGAUGACGGUCGGCCUCCUGCGGGGGGAGAGUCGGUCUGCCUGGUUCAGCCUGAUCCAGAGGAAAACAUGGGUGAGGUGACGAUUGGACGCCACAUGUCCAUCAGAGAGAGAGUUGCCUUGUUAAAGAAAAGUGGUGAGAAGGACUGGAGGGAGAGGAUCAGUAAGAAGCAGGAUGUGGCGAAGGUUGCAGCGGAUGAGCAGCAGGCCCAGAUGUGGGAGAUGGAGCAGAGCUUCAGGAAGAAGGAUGAUGAAGCACUGAUGAUGACUGAGGACCUGUUUCGGGAGCCGGUUUCUGCUGUGACUCUCUCUCCUCCCGAUCCUUCUUUCCAUGCCUCUUCCCCCGACGACACAGCCAGCCAGGCCACCAGAUCACCCAGACCCUUGCAGGUGGAUGACAGACACCCCUGGAGAAGGAAGAGAACAGCAGAGGCUGAGACGGAGAGCCAGAGCAUGGAGGCUCACAUGUCCAUCCAGGAGAGGAAGCAGCUGAUCGAGGCUCGGGAGGAGGCCUGGAAGACCAAAGGCCACGGAGCCGCUAACGACUCCUCCCAGUUCACAGUGGCUGCGCGAAUGGUGAAGAAAGGGCUGGCCUCUCCCUCUGCUCUCCUCUCCCCCCUCCAGACCAAAUCAAAGAACAGUCUUGCUGUCUCCAAACCUCAGGAAGAGAUUAAGGCGGUCCCAGAUCUCAACCUGGAGUCGGACACAAAGCUAGAGAAGCUCGAGUCGUUCCUUGGAAAGCUUAACAGUAAAGUGCCCGGACUGCCAGAGGCCACCAUCACAGUGACUCAGCAAAAAGUCAAGGAAGUGAUGAGCCUUGAAGAUGAAACCUUCUCCAAGUUCUACCGUCAUGUGGACGAACUCCCCACCAACGGCAACAAGGUGGAGAUAGACGACGACUUCGACGCCAUUUUUGACCCCGAGGUGCCAAAAUUGAUUUCAGUCAUGGUCCAACACAAGAGGGCGGUGCGACCGAACCGCAACGUUCAGUCCUCCAGGAACCCGCUGAAAAAGCUGGCAGCCAGAGAGGAUAUCAGGCACGAGUACACGGAGCAGAGGCUCAACAUCGGCCUGCUGGAGAGCAAAAGGAUGAAGGUGGAGAAGAUGAACAAGAACUCUGGGUUUUCUGAAGUGGCUCUGGCCGGUUUGGCAAGCAAGGAGAACUUCAGCAGCGUCAACCUGCGCAGCGUCAGGGUCUCUGAGCAGACGUCCAACAACAGCGCCGUGCCAUACAAGAAGCUCAUGCUGCUUCAGGUCAAAGGGAGACGACACGUCCAGGUCCGGCUGGUGGAGCCCAGAGCGUCCUCUCUGAACAGCGGAGACUGCUUCCUGCUCGUCACUCCGCACCACUGCUUCGUCUGGAUCGGGGAGUUCGCCAACGUCAUAGAGAAAAGCAAGGCGUCAGAGUUGGCCAACUUCGUCCAGAGCAAGAGAGAUUUGGGUUGCCGAGCAGAAUACGUCCAGAUGAUAGACGAAGGCGCCGGCACACAAAGCCAUGCUGUCCAGGAGUUCUGGAAGUGUCUCGGAGGACAGGCAGAUUAUCAGUCAGCAGGAACCCCGGAUGAAGACGAGCUGUACGAAGCAGCCAUCGUGGAGACCAACUGCAUUUACCGCCUGAUGAACGACAAGCUGGUCCCAGACGAUGACUUCUGGGCCAGGAUGCCCCGCUGCACUCUGCUCAAUCCCAAAGAGGUUUUGGUGUUUGACUUUGGCAGUGAGAUGUACAUCUGGCAUGGGAAGGAAGUGACUCUGGCUCAGAGGAAGGUCGCCUUCCAGCUGGCCAAGCACCUCUGGAACGGCACCUUCGACUACACUAACUGUGACAUCAACCCGCUGGACCCAGGAGAGUGCAACGUACUCAUUCCAAAAAAAGGCCAAGGCCGGCCGGACUGGGCCGUGUUUGGCCGACUGACUCAACACAACGAGACCACCCUGUUCAAGGAGAAGUUUCAGGACUGGAGCGACUCCAGGAAGACGCCCAGCCCCACCACAACAAACGAUGUCAUCGCCGACCACAAGCAGCCGACGUCUGACGCCCCUCAUUUGUUCAGUGCCUCCUUGAUGCUGCCCCCCCACCGAGCUGCGGUCUGCACCAUCUUAGACGGGCUCAGCGUGGGCCGGGGCUACGGCGUGGUGGAGGCGGAAGAGUGGCGGAGCUAUGUGGUCAGCACUCUCGCGGUGGAGGUGUGGCACAUCCUGGAGUUCGACUAUAGCCGGUUGCCUCGCCAGAGCAUCGGCCAGUUCCACGACGGCGACACCUACGUGGUUAAAUGGAAAUACAUGGUCAGCGCUGCAGUUGGAAAGAGACAGAACCCAGAGCAGCAGAAGACGGCAGGAGCUGGAAAGGAGAAGUGCUGCUACUUCUUCUGGCAGGGCCGCAAUUCCACCGUCAAUGAGAAAGGGACGUCAGCGCUCAUGACUGUGGAGCUGGACGAGGAGCGGGGAGCACAGGUUCAGGUCCUGCAGGGGAAAGAGCCACCAUGUUUCCUGCAAUGUUUCACAGGGGGAAUGAUUGUCCACUCAGGGAAGAGAGAAGAGGAGGAGGAAUGCUCACAAAAUGACUGGCGUCUUUACUGCGUGCGAGGGGAGAUGGAGGUGGAGGGCCACCUGCUGGAGGUGGCCUGUCAUUGCAGCAGUCUGCGCUCCAGAGUUUCCAUGGUGCUGCUGGGAGUCAGCCAGGCCCUCAUCUACCUGUGGCACGGCUGCAAAUCCCAGACGCACACUCGGAAGGUGGCGUGUGUCGCCGCCAACAGGCUCAAAGAGAACUGUCCUCUGGAAACGGGGCUGCACAGCAGCAGCAGGGUGACCAUACGGGAGUGUGACGAAGGAGCGGAGCCCAUUGGGUUCUGGGAAGCCCUCGGCAGGAAAGACAGGAAGGUGUACGACUGCAUGCUUCAAGAUCCCGGCAGGUUUAACUUCACGCCUCGCCUGUAUCAGCUGACCAGCAGUUCUGGGGAGUUCACUGCUGUGGAGUUUCUCUACCCUGCCAGAGACCCCGAGCAGGUCAACUCCAUGCCUUUCCUGCAAGAGGACCUCUAUGGAGCCUCACAGCCAGCUCUUUUCCUGGUGGACAACCACCAUGAAGUCUACUUGUGGCAAGGCUGGUGGCCUCCAGACAGUGAAAGCACGGGCUCGGCCCGAAUCCGCUGGGACUCUGAUAGAAAGUGCGCCAUGGAGACGGUGCUGCAGUACUGCAGAGAGAAAAACGAGAGGAAACCUCCCAAAGCGUACCUGAUCCACGCCGGCUUGGAGCCGCUCACCUUCACCAACAUGUUCCCCUGCUGGGAGCACAGAGAGGACGUGGCUGAGAUCACUGAGAGGGAGGCUGAGGUGUGUAACCAGAUCAUCCUGGUGGAGGACGUGUUGGCCCGCCUGUGUCAGACCACCUACCCUCUGGCUGAGGUCCUGGCCCGGCCGCUGCCUGAGGGGGUGGACCCUCUGAAACUGGAAGUCUACCUCUCUGAUGAGGACUUUGAGGGUGCAGGGGCUUAUGGGAAGAGAGCCCUGGAGAUGAGUAGAGAGGAAUACGGCGCUCUGCCUGCAUGGAAGCAGGUGAAGCUGAAGAAAUCUAAAGGACUCUUCUGAAAGAGCAGCAUUCAGGAUUUCUGUUGGGUUUUUUUAACAGCGGAAAGUCAGAAGCAGCUCGAACUUUUUGAUGGAGAACCUCUGAGAUGUGCAGUAGUGGUGUGCGAGCUUCUCACGCUGCGGUGACGAGUGGGGAAACGUGGGUGUAGGAACCUUGUUUAUGGUUAUGAUUGUACAUAGCUAGCAUAAAGAAAGCAGCCAUCUGCUGGAUUGAAGCAGGUCUGUAAGCCUGCUGGACGCUCCUCUCUGCUCAUGUUUGUGCUACAAAAAUCAUAUUUUUAUUAAAUCCACAGAAUUAAAUAAAAAGAAAUAAACUUUGUCUAAUAAAAACAAAAAUAAUUGAACUUUAUUGAUCUCACAUUGGAGAAAUUUACUCUGCUUUUAAUCCAUUUAAUCCAUUCCCUUGGCCACACAAUGGCAGCCCACACAGGGUCUUGCUCAGGAACCCAGAGCGAAGGCUUUGGGGAUCAAACCAAUUACUGCUCCAACCACUAGGCCAACACUACUCCAAAAUAAAAGUCCAAUGAUUAAUGUGAAGAGAACGGCCUGAAGAGGUGCCUUCAGUGUAUAGUGCCUUGCUACAUGUACAGUUUAUAUACAGAACCUGUUCUGGUUUGUCAAGAGUUUUACGAUGAAAAUAAACCGAUAGAGAAAUGAAUAAAGUUUGAUAUCCA